AUGUCAAAUAAUAGUGUGCCAUCUCCAUUGAAUAACGAUGACAAUGCACUAAAUAACCCAACCUCAAUUCCUGUGGACAUGGAGGGAGACGAACCUGAGUUCAUUUCAACUCUUGAGCAAGUCCAAGAAAGAAUUGUCCGCUGUUCAACAUGUCAAAAACUUGGGCAUUUAAGAAGAACUAGCCUUUUGUGCCACAAGAAUAGUAAUCGUGCCCACCAGACUAUAAAUCAAGCAAAGCACACUGAAAUACUGCCCAGUAGACAUUCUUUGGGAAGAAUGACGACUAUGUGUUCUGAAUGCAAUGCAUUCAUGUAG